AUGAGGUUUCCCGAUUACUUUCUUCAACGAGAAGACUAUUUCGCCGGGAAGUUCCACGAGUUCGGGAUAUUGAAUGUUAGUUCUGUGAGGGAACUAAAAACAGCUGUUGGCAAAAGCAGACUUUACAUCGUGCCACGAGCCACUGUCUUGCAGGAAACCUCACCACCCUCAGCCAUGUCCCAGAAUUCAUUCCCACCACUCUCUGCAGCUCCAGCAGCAGAUGAGACCUCACAGGUGGCUAAGGAAAAUGUGGUUUCAGAUCAGGUGGCAUCCACAUCCUCUGCCAUAUCCAUGGUUUCAUUCCCACCACUCUCAAUUGCUCCAGUACAAGAUGAGACCGCCCCUUUGGCUGAGAGUACCCAAGCUCAAAGUGUGGUUGCAAAUCGGGCUCUUCAAGAAUGGCAAGCAAUACGUGCCCAGCAAGACCAGGAAUAUAAUGACAAUUUGUUGGUGGAUCAGGAGAAGGAGAGGAAGAAACUAGCCUAUCAGGCCUGUGAGGAAAGGCGUCAAAAGGCUAUUGAAGCAAGACAUCAGCGUCUAUCUGCAUGUGAGGUACCCUCUGAUGGGGUGUUGAUCAAAUUUAAAUAUCCAGAUGGACACCUCAACAUGAGGAAAUUCAGCUUGUGUGAGCCAAUUCAGUGGGUUGUCAAACGUCACUGGUGUAACACUGUUGUACCAAUCUUUGUGGUACAUGAAGCCACAUCAUCAAGAUCAAUUGAGAGCAGUUCCGCCGGGUCAAUAAUUGAUCAUGGCAUAAAACCAUCCUCAACUCUUUACGUACUUUGGUUUUCAAAUCACCAUGUACAGGAAAUUCUCUCAGGUCAACAAAAUGAUGGAGCUCAUGCCCUAAACCAUACAUCUCCUGGUCAGUCGUCGCUGUCUGAGCCCUCAACCCAGCAAAGUCUCUCUGUGCCCUCUCUCCAGUCUGAGCCCUCAACCCAGCCAAGUCUCUCUGUGACCUCCACCCACUCACUGCUGUUUGAGCCCUCUCUCCAGCCUCUGCCAUCUGAGAACUCUAUCCAGCCAUCGCUCACUCUGAUCUCACAACCGCAAGAAAUCCUGACUGAUGAAGAACCAUCACUCCCUCCUUCACCUGUCCAGGAACCAAUCAUUGAUCUUGAUGAACAAGAGGAGACGGUUUCACAAAAUCAGUCUCCUGUAUCAACACAUCACCUUAGAGGACCUGUGGAUGAGAUUGAUCUACAGACCAUAUUGAAAAAACUGGUCAGCAAAGUAGAUGACUGCUUCUCUCCAACAAGCAACCAAAUAAAUGUGUGCAGGGACAAUGUUUUACCAUGUAGCCUGCGGGCGUUUAAACGGAAGUCCUUCGACCCUGAAGCAAGACUGGAUGUUGUCUUUGUGGAUGAAGAUGACAAUGGUGAAGGGGCAGUUGACGAAGGCGGCCCGACCAGAGAGUACCUAAGGCUGUUGAUGAGGGCCGUCCACCAAUCAAACAUCUUCGAUGGACAUGAGAAAGACCGGCAGUUGCGUCUUGAUACGCAAGCUUUACAGAGUAAACUGUACACCUGGGUGGGGAAAAUGAUAGCUGUGUGCAUCAUUCAUGGAGGAGUUGGUCCGCAUUUCUUCUCGGAAAGGCUUUUCCGGCAAAUCUGUGGAAUAGAAACGACCCCGGCCACGGUCGAUGAAGUUGGCGACCAUACUUUUAGGGAGCAGUUGAUGAAAUGUACAACUAUUGACAUGUAA